GGCGCCUGGUCUCGGCCAAGCAAACAGAGCUGGGUGCCUUGGCCGAGUGAGGGUAGCCGCAGCCCGCCACCGAGCCCGACCGCUGAGCUUGUCCCUGCCGCCGCACUGCGCGCCGUGACCCGCGACUCCAGACCCCGACUCCCUUUGGCUCGGCCCGCGCGCCCCAGGCCCGGCCCGGGCGGCGCGACGGGAGGAUGAGCGGCGGGCGGCGGAAGGAGGAGCCGCCUCAGCCGCAGCUGGCCAACGGGGCCCUCAAAGUCUCUGUCUGGAGCAAGGUGCUGCGGAGCGACGCGGCCUGGGAGGACAAGGAUGAAUUUUUAGAUGUGAUCUACUGGUUCCGACAGAUCAUCGCUGUGGUCCUAGGUGUCAUUUGGGGAGUGUUACCAUUACGAGGUUUCUUGGGAAUAGCAGGAUUCUGCCUGAUCAAUGCUGGAGUCCUGUACCUCUACUUCAGCAACUACCUACAGAUAGAUGAGGAAGAGUAUGGUGGCACGUGGGAGCUCACGAAAGAAGGGUUUAUGACAUCUUUUGCCUUGUUCAUGGUCAUCUGGAUCAUCUUUUACACUGCCAUCCACUAUGACUGAUGGUGUACAGCUCCCACCUGCUCCCUGUCCUGUCCAAAGGACCCUCUUAGUUACAGCACAGAAACAUGAUUGUAGGGGCAGACUCGUGGAACCUGGAAGACCCAUAUUUCCUGGACUGAGAAUCAGUGUGUUGGGCGUCAGUGUUUUCUGCAAGAGUUGUGACCUGAAACUUUUUAAAGAACCAUCACCUUUUGAUGAAACAUCUCUGCAUUUUCCAUCACCAUCUAUUUCUUCUUGGAUACCAUCACGAAACACCUGUUUGCCGAUUGGAGCUCUCGUUUAAUUUGAUGCACCUCUGGAUCCGGAUGAAACGUUAAAUUGUCUUCCUCACUUCUCCGUCAGGUGUACAGUUUUUAAACUAUCAGUGGCAUUUCAAGUCUUCUGAAAACAGUAUGGCAGUAUAUGUGUGAUCCAUAACACAGUACAAGCAGCAUCUAAUAACAGUUUCCAUUGUAGAAUGUUUUCAGAUACUUGAAUAAAUCAAAUCUUUAAUUGACAA